AUGGCGGAGCUGAGACAGAUCAAGCCUGACCUUGCUGACUAUUUGGAAGAAGCCGAUGUCUCUCUUUGGUCCCGAGUUCAUUUUGUUGGAGACAGAUACAAUAUUAAGACUAGCAAUGUUGCAGAGUCUAUAAAUGCUGCACUUAAGAAGGCCCGUGGCUAUCCCAUUUCAUUUCUCUUGGAUUUCAUACGAGAGAAACUCGGUCGGUGGUUUUUAAAACGCAGAGAGGAUGCUUUGAGUCUCACAGCACAUAAUACUCGGGGAAUGGAGUAUUUGCUGGCGAUUCGUGGACAUUAUGCAGAUGCAAUGGAGGUGGACCAAAUUGACACUUGGAGAUACUAUGUGAAAGGAGGAACCAGGAAUUGUAUUGUUGAUUUGGAACAUGGAAUGUGUGAAUGUGGUGUGUUUUAUAUCGAGAAUAUCCCAUGUUCACAUGCUAUUGCAGCUGCAUUAGCCGGUGGGAUAGCUGUGGAUUCCCUUGUAUGUCCGACUUACUAA